CAUCACGCCUAUGAACCUGCGGUGAAAUUAGCUCAACUUAUACAGAUGUGCACUGGUGAGGCCAAGGAUGCUAUUAAGCAUCUUGUAAUUGUCGAUUCUCCAAGCGAAGGAUAUCAAGCAGCACGAGACACCUUACUGUAUCGAUUUGGAAAUCGUACACUAGUCAUUGACGCUCACAUCCGCCAACUGACAGAAGGACCUAGAAUAAGAGCCAAUGAUACUAAAGCACUGUGUCGACUUGCGUCACAGAUGAGAAACUGUUUUAUUAUUCUGACACAGUGGAAAGCUGAACAAAUGCUGGAUGCACAAGCUUAUCUAAAAGAUAUAUUUCGUCGUCUGCCACCAACAUUACAAGCAGAUUAUGUACAUGACACUUCUUGGAAGAAUCAUCCGAUUCCUUCAUUCACUCAUUUAUUGGAAUUUGUUGAACUGAGAGCCCAUCUCAGUAAUAAUUUUUAUGGACGUUUAAUGGCAGAAAAUGACAACAAGCCCAGGGCAGUACAAAAUUUUAAACCUCGCUUUGGGAAAAUGUCUGCCUAUUCUACAAUCAGUUCUUCAACAUCACAGAAGAGGAAUUCAUCACCUGCUUACAGACCAACACAUCACAAUGGAAGACAACAAGCUCAUGGUGCUAGCCAAAAGCACCCACAAACUUUAUGUUUAUGUUGCAAGAACGAUCACCCUUUAUAUCGUUGCGCAACAUUCAAACAAUAUGACCUGCAACAUCGUCGUGAUUUCAUUCGAGAGAACAAUUUAUGCUUCAACUGCAUGAGAUCCGGACACAUCGUCAAGGAAUGUCCGUCUCAGAAACGUUGCCAAGCUGAUGGGUGUACACGGAAGCACCACACACUACUUCAUCAGAAUGAAAUGCCAACCAGGCCACGAUCACCUGUGACCGGAAAUAUACCCACGGACACUAAUAGUAAGGUCAAUUCAACAAAUUUCUGCUGAGUGUAAAGGAACUUCAUUGAAUAAAAAUUUGCUUUCUGGUCCUGACAACAACAACAUGCUAACAGGAGUGCUCAUUCGAUUCAGGCAAGAAUUGACUGCAUUUGUUUGUGACAUAAAAGAAAUGUUCCACAGAAUUAAAGUUUCACCUGAAGACACAGAUGCUCAGCGGUUCCUAUGGUGGAAAGACCAUAAUUUGGAUAGUGUUCCCAUUGACUUUAAAAUGUUGUCCCACAACUUUGGGAACACUUCAUCACCUUCUGUUGCCACAUUUGCGCUACACAAAGUAGCCACAGACAAUCUGUCGAAUGCAGAUGAAAUGACAGU